AUGCACUCCAUCUUGUCCAAACUAUCUAUCUUGAUCCUGGCUGCUGUUCAGCUGCCUCGCGCAUUAGCAGCACCCGGCGCAAGUCGACGGUCGACCUGCACACUGAACUAUUCGUGUGGAAUGGUAACUAUUUAUCUCACAUCAUCGAUGAAUACGUUGACCGAAGCCGAGAAGGCAGCAUACUUCGCAGCGGAACUCUGUCUCCUUAAUGCGCCUGCUCGAACCGACAUUCCAUAUGUUGUGUCGCGCUACGAUGACUUGGUUGGUACGCAUGCACAGCAAAGCGAUUUCACGAACAACAAUGAUUUCUGGCAUGUAACUGGACAGUUCUUACAUGUCCACCGUUAUUACAUCUACAUCCACGAAACACUCCUCCGCAACGAAUGCGGAUACACUGGUGCUUUGCCGUAUUGGAAUGAAUCUGUCGACGCCGGUGCAUUUUCCACCUCUCCCGUGUUACUAGACUUUGGAGGGAAUGGUAGUGAGGAAAAUGACUGGGCCGUCAAUGACGGACCUUUCGCUAACCUCACACGGACCCUGAAUGCGACGGCGGGUACCUCGCAUCUCCUUGCACGCGAAGUGGACGAGACGGCCUCAAUCAGAGUCGGACAAACAUACGUUGAUGCUCUGCUUGCCCUUGAUACGUUUGCGGAUUUCAAAACCACUUUGGGCGUUGCAGCCACAGAUGUCGGGAUCCAUGCCUCAGGGCAUGCUGGUGUCGGAGGGGAUAUGGUCAAUGCUGCAACUUCGCCUAACGAUCCAAUGUUCUGGGUGCACCACGGAUUUGUGGAUUAUCUUUGGUGGAAGUGGCAGGGCGACAAUGAGACUCGCAUCAAUGAUUUGAACAACAUCGGGUAUGAGUCGGAGAAAGAGCCUGCCACCGGUUAUGUUGAGACCACCGGAGCUACUGUGUUGUAUAUGUUCGACAUUCUUCCUAAUGCAACGGUUGCCGACGUGUUGAGCACGGAAGAUGGGUUCUUGUGCUACACUUAUGCGGUUUGAAUGGGCAAUUAAACUUGAAUAUUUCCUUAUAAAAUCACUCCAAGGGAUCCUGUUUCUGGUGACAGUUUAUCUACGGAAUUAUUUUACUUUGUGUUCGCACGAACAAUGAUACAAAUUUAAUCCCUGAAGCCACGGGGACGCCUGC